AGUAGUAGGAGCAGUAGUGUACGAUCCAGCGACGUGCCGCCAACAACCACGGCGUAGCAACAAAAGACGACUGCUCGUGGCCGUGGACGGAGGUUUCUUUUUUCUUCUUCUUCUUCUUCUUCUUCGUCUUCUCUUAUUGUUCCACGUUGCGCUAGAGCGACGACCAGACGGUUCGAGGGGCAUGUAGUAUGUUAUGUACGUUUUUUUUUUUGGACAGAUGAAAGGAUGGAUGGAUGGAUUGACGGAUGUCUUGUACAACUACUUACUCUCUACCUACCUACCUACCCCAUUUUCUCUACUCAAAAAAUUUCAUCAAUGCAAGAUUAAAAAAGAAACCUCUGUUAUGUAUCUUUCCAUCCUUCGUGCCCACAAACCAAUCAAUGCAAUUCUUCCGUCUUCAAUGCCUAGGCAGGCAAGGCUUGUACUCCAGCCCAUCCGCCCGCACCCGGCCACGAUUGAGCUUUCAGCCCGCACUUCCAGACCUAAACCCAGCCAUUACGUCAUCGCAAAAAACACCAACGGCAGGAAAAGCACGGAGCACCACCACCACCACCACCACCACCACCACCACCAAGGCCAAAGCCAAACCCAAAUUUUCGAAUCCUUUUUUCAAUUUUAACAAAGGCCUUCUCUCGCUCGCAUGGCAUGGCGCGCGCG